AUGGAUAAUAAAUUUACAAAUAUCAACUCCUAUAUUGACGACCUUAUUAAAAGUGGUUUAUCCAAUUAAGAACUUUUUCUAAAGGCUAAAAGCUUAUAUGAAAGUGAAUAGACAAUACUUAAUGCAAUGGCAAUUUUUAAUGUAAACAAUAAUUAUUAAAUAAAGUAUAUUGCAGAUGCUGAAGAUGGAGUUAUGAUUGUUUUAUAGAAUUCUUUAUUAUAACUAUUGUAACAUUAGGAUAAUAGAAUCUAAGAAUUAACAAUACAAGUUAUUUAGAAAUUGAUUUAGAAAAAUAGUUUUCAUUAAUUAAGCACUCAAGUUUUAGAUUUGUUGAUAAAUGUGAUAAUUUGGGAUGAUGUCUUUUUGAGUUAUAAUCAAAGUUAUAGAUUUGCAUAAACACUUUUAAAAGAGUCUUUCCCAGACAUGUAAAAUAAGAUUAAAGUAAUGGAACCAAUGUUUAUGAAUAAAUAUUAUUUUACAAACAAGAAGGAAUAUUAUAUUUAAGGAUUAUUGGGAUCAAUGGAAAUAUUUCUUUAAAAUAAAUAUAAUAUUGAAAAGGCUAUUGAAGUUAUUGAAAUUAUUCAAAGAAUAGCAAGACAUUAGAAUAAAUAUGUUAGAUUGUAUGCUUAGAAAUUUGUUCAUCAUUUAUUUCCAUUAUUUGAAAGUAAUGAAUAUUAAACCAUUAUUAUUGCUACAAUUUAAUAAGGAUUAAUGGAUGAAUCACUUGAAGUAAGAAUGUAAGCUCUUAAAGAAUACUAAAUUCUUAAUCCAAAAAAUAAAGAUUGCUUUUUGAUACCUUUACUUAAUAAUUGUCAUACUGAUAAUUUAAUGGAAAUUGCAGCAAAUAUUGCUAAAGAGUAGUUUCCUUCUAUUGGAGGACCUCCAAUUCUAGGUCUUAUUACUAUUAUAAGAGAUAGAUUUCUCAAAGAAUGUCUUAUUUAUAAUUAUAAUUGUACUACAAGUAGAUAUUAUUAAGUAAGGAGUAGUGGAUUAUCAACUCUUUAAACUGUAAUUUUAUUUCUAAAAUAAACACCAAAUGCAUUACCAUAUAAAGAAAUUUUGAAAGCAGCUUAAAAUUGUACUUUAUAUGAAACAGAUCCUAUAGUUAGAUAAGCUGGAUUUAGUUUAAUGUAUCAUUUAAUUAGGUUACAUACGAAUGAAAUUAUUUAAUAUCAAUAACAAAUAAUUGAGAAUUGCUUAUUUCAUCUUAGUGAUGUACCUUUGGAAUGCAAAGAAUUUUGUGCAAAAAUAUUGGCAUUAUUUAAAGAUCAUAUAGAUUUAAUAAAAUUUUUAGAAUAGAAAGUUUAAUUGAUUAAAGAUAAAGAAAUGGCAUAUUAAGAUUUUAUUGGAGUAGUUCCAAAUACAGAGGAAGCUUAAAAUAACCUUUAAAAAAGUUUAGAUGCUUAAGGAGGUAAAGAGAAAGUUGUUAAUAAACAUUAAUCUUAGACUUUACUUGGUAUUACAAUGUGUUUUAAGUAAAUCUCUAUUUUAUAGCCAGAUGAAUAAUUAUUAAAAUAGUUGAUAAUUUUAAUAUCUUCUUGUUUAAAAUAUAUUGAUUAAUUAAGGCAUUUAAUUUUAUAAUGUUUAAUUGAAGGAUUAUAAGAGUUGAAGAUUAUCAAAAGAUUACCAAUAAAAUUAUUAGAUGAAACAGAUAUUUUGACAUAUAUGAAAUAAUACAAUGAGACAGAAUUAUUAAAUAGGAUAGGUGAAAUUGUUGGGCCAACUAUUUUGAAAGGGAGAUUAUGAUAUAAUUGAAUAGAUG